GAAUUUCUGCAGGCCAAUCUGAACCACUGCGCCCGUGCCCAGGACCUCCUGAUACAACACAUGGCGGAGUGGCAGAUUCAAGUGGCGACAGCCGCCGAGCCCUACUUCAUCCCUACUCAAUCAAAUUGGGCUGGUGACGUCGAGGGAUCGGUGGCUGUUGUGGUGCCGGCACAUGGAAUUCCACUGGUUCCACAACGCAGCGGACCAGGGUUUGUAGCGGUCGUGUGGGGGGAGGUGACACUAAUUGGAGUAUACUUCUCCCCAAACAAACCCCUGUCUGCCUUCGAGGCUUAUCUUAGAAGUCUGGAGCCAGUGGUGAGAGGUGCGGCCCCGACCCAGGUAAUCCUGAUGGGGGACCUAAAUGCGAAGUCUGCGGCGUGGGUAUCCCCCAUAACAGAUCUGAGGGGAGUUGAGUUGGAGAACUGGGCUGCCAUGGUCGGCCUGGUCCUUCUCAACCAAGGACGCGCAAACACCUGUGUGCGACGGCAGGGGGGGUCAAUAGUAACCCCAGUAAUCGUUAUUACCAAUAUUACCCGUCUCACGUGGUCAACGUGA